AUGACCACACCUGUAUCACCCUCGCCGUCAGGCAUCAUCCCCGCCCAACUGGGCUUUCUCGCCAUUUACAACCCAGCCCUCGGCACUACAGAUGAAACCCUCGAGGACCAAAUCGUUUAUUAUGCCACGGCUUCCACACUCUCACAAGCCCGUCGGCGUCAUCGCCGACCAAGGCGGCGAGACCGACAACGUGCUCAAUCGGUUGUGAAGGACAGCCGUCCAAAUGCAGCAGGAGCAACAGGAGACAGUGAGGCUGUGGCUGAAGAUAAAGACCCAGUGUCCAAGGAGGAACGUCAUGAGCGUCUAAGGCAAAUCGGUCUCGCCCAAGGGAUGGUUGAAUUUGCAAAGAGUUUCUCAGACGGCGAGCCGGUUGAUACAAUUGACACUGAGAAAGCGAGGGUUAUCUUAGUUGAGGUUGAAGAGGGCUGGUGGAUAUUGGCUUCCAUCGACCUAACCCGUCUCCCCUUGCCCCAAAUCAAAACCCCAACUUCCUCAUCCGCACCUCCCCCAGCACCAAACCUUAAUCCUCUCCCUCCCGAGCCAGCAUAUGAGUACUCCUCCCGCGAAGUCAAACCUCCAUCUCUGCUCCGAGCAGACCUCCUCCGCGCCUACGACCUCUUCCUCCUUCAUCAUGGAUCCUCACUCUCUUCUUUGUUGGCCAGCCAAGGCAGAGCUCAGCUGGUUGCCAGCCUAACACGUUUCUGGGACCACUUCCUUGCCACCUGGAACGUCCUGCUCCACGGUAAUCCCGCAUGCGACGUGUUUGGGGGUAUCAAACUCGCUGCAAGCGGGGAGCUAGGCAUUGGCGUGGGCGAGGAAGAGAGGGGUAGUGGUGAGAGAGAGGUUCUAGAAGGGUUGGUUGAACGUGUGGAGGGGCUUGUGGAUGUCGUUGUUGGUAGGUAUGGGGGUCCACCUUCCGAGAAGGGACCGGAGGAAGAGCAGUGGCUGGGGUUAGGUGGUGAGGUUGGAGAGGAAGAUGGGGCUGUUUUCUUGGGAGUUGGAGCACUCGACAGGAAGUCGUUGAGGGGGGUUGUGCAGUGGAUGGAGGAGGUGUACGUGUGGGGGGAGAAUGCCUUUGGAGUAGGGGGAUCCAGGGCGGCCAGGAGAAGGAGGAAGCGCGGCGCAAAAGAGUCGAGGGUUUUGAAAACUGGGGCUGGGAAGAAGAUUCCUAUCGGAACUGGGACUGGAACCGAGGGGAAGAGAGGGGAGGCUGCUACACCAGACAUGGCCGGAACUCCUGGGAGCAUGGAUAAGCUGUUCAGCUAUCUUACCCUCGGUUACGGCACGUCGUGGUCGUUGGGUUUGUCUGGCACUUCAACGCCGUCAGACUCGGAUCCUGGCUCGGUGUCUAAGGGUAUGGUCGAGUCUUCUGAGUCCGGAAAGCCGAGGAGAGAUCUUAGCACAGGACACUUCCUCUUGGGCCUGUCCGAAUGCUCAGAAGAGGAGUUAACCUCAUCCCAGGCCAACCCGAAAGCCAUCUUCGUCGAGCUCAAACCCAGCUAUCAACACCCCUCCCGGAAGAUCCCGCCUGAGGACCCCCAACCCCUUGGCAAGGUUGGUCCUGAACUCCCCAGAGACCAUACAGCUCGCUUGCGACCAGUUAUCUACGUCUCCCAACCGUUCAUCUAUAUCCUCUUGUUCUCUGAAAUUACACCUUCCCCAUCCACAUGGCCGACCCUCGCUGAGUCCCUCCAUGCCCAGCUCUCACCCCUCCAAAAGCCCCUCCUCCAUUCAACCUCCUAUCGACCCGAACGCCCCGUCGUAGAGACGACCUCAUCCUCGGGCACUACAACCCAACAUCAGAUCUUCGAUCUAGUUUACGACACCGAGACACUAACCCUCCAGUCUACAAUCCCCAACAUCCCCGAUCCGUUCCCUUAUUCUGCAACAACCCCAACAGGCCAUAGCACUGGGCAACAGCAUCAUCAGCAAAGCAUAUGGACCCGCGUUGAAGCACUACAAACACACGCCCAAAUCCUAGCAAUCCUCUCCUCCGGCAGGGCAAUCCCCACCGAUCCUUCUUCGUUUACCCACUUGCCUUGGGAAGAAGGGGAACGGACAUGUAAGACAGCUAGAGGGUGGUGGAUUGUAUGGACCAGGGUUGUUGAGCACAGUCCUCCGGACGCUGUUAGUCUUCAUCAUGCCCGUGAUGAUGAUGAUAAUGAUGAUGAUGCCUCUUGCAGCGUUUUAGGUCACCUUAGGUCGGUGAGCUCCUCCCAUGCGGCUGGUAGCACCAGCUCUUCUUCCGGCUCAGGGUUUGGGCUUGGGGCAAUCCCUGGGUUAGGAGGAUUGGGCGGAUGGGCGGCAGACGGUGCAACCAGGCUCGCACAGGGGAUAGGGAUUGACACGCGGAGGUAUGUCGAAGGGUUGUUGACGAGUUUGGGGCGGUGA